GUACACACGAGCCGCACGUGUGCUUUCUCAUUUUGCUCCUUCCCCGUCUCUAGCCGAUUCUCUCUGUCUAGGGCUCUUCCUCCGUCUUCUUCUUACCUUCUUCACAAACCACAAACCCUCUCUUCUCUUCUCUUUCUCUCUAUUGAUUCUGUACGAUACGGACGUGAUUCUGAAUCAUCUUGAUCGGAAACGGAGUUUCGAAACUGGAGGUCGGAGACGGAAACAACUCUUAUCUCAUCCCUCCGGUGUUUCGAAUUCGAAGGGUUUUUGUAAGUUUUUGAUUAAUUUUGAUGGAAGAUGGUGUGGUUGAUGAUGUUAUAAAGAGGUUACUGGGAGCGAAGAACGGGAAGACCACGAAGCAGGUUCAGUUGACGGAGGCUGAGAUUAAACAUCUUUGUUCUACGGCUAAGCAGAUCUUUCUUAGUCAACCUAAUCUUCUUGAACUCGAGGCUCCUAUCAAGAUUUGUGGAGAUACUCAUGGUCAGUUCUCAGAUCUUUUGAGAUUGUUUGAGUACGGUGGCUACCCACCGGCUGCAAACUAUUUGUUCCUUGGGGAUUAUGUAGAUCGUGGAAAGCAGAGUGUAGAGACCAUAUGCCUUCUUCUUGCAUACAAGAUCAAAUACAAAGAGAAUUUCUUCCUUCUACGGGGGAACCAUGAGUGUGCUUCUAUUAACCGUAUAUACGGAUUCUAUGACGAGUGCAAGAAGAGAUAUAGUGUUCGAGUGUGGAAGAUAUUUACUGACUGCUUUAAUUGUCUCCCUGUUGCUGCUCUUAUCGAUGAAAAGAUCCUCUGUAUGCACGGCGGGCUAUCGCCUGAGUUGAAGCACUUGGAUGAGAUCAGGAACAUUGCCCGUCCUAUUGACAUUCCUGACCAUGGACUACUAUGUGAUUUGUUGUGGGCUGAUCCUGAUAAGGACAUUGAAGGAUGGGGAGAGAAUGACAGGGGUGUCUCUUACACUUUUGGGGUUGAUAAAGUCGAGGAGUUUCUCCAAACACAUGACCUUGACUUAAUUUGCAGAGCUCAUCAGGUUGUGGAAGACGGGUAUGAAUUCUUUGCAAAUAGACAGCUAGUAACGAUAUUCUCGGCCCCAAACUACUGUGGAGAGUUUGAUAACGCAGGAGCAAUGAUGAGUGUGGAUGAUUCCUUGACGUGCUCAUUUCAGAUCCUGAAAGCAUCUGAGAAGAAAGGAAGUUUCGGAUUUGGCAAAAAUGCAGGAAGGAGAGGAACCCCGCCUCGCAAGGGUGGAAAAGGCUGAAGAAAAAAAACCCCAUAAACUCUGUUUUGUGUGUUCCAUGUUUCGUGGUUCAAGACACUUGCUUGAGCUGAAGUGUUAUAAAAACUGUCUUCUUCUUCCUCUGCUCCGAUGGAUUUACUUUGGCAAGGGGUUACUUCUGUCUUUUCCCUUGACUACUCUGGAUCACUUUUGUGUCUUUGAGCUCUGUGAAUCCUGAGAUAUACAGUAUUCUCUGUGAGAUACAGUUUUAUGUUGUUUUUUGUUAAAACAUUUAAAUGAAAAUCUUACUGUUCCACGUCACUUGGAAAAAAACGGCGCGGUGCUUCGUUCGGAAACU